AUGGCCUGGGUAACUCUGCUUUUAUUGGUACCAGUCAUUGCAUGCAAAGGCUGCAGAAUGACUCGAUUUUUAAAAGAGGAAAAUGUCGUUCUGCGAAAUCACGUGAUAAAGACUGUGACAGUCGAUCAUCCAAUCAAGUGUCAAGAGGAAUGCUUGAACAUACCACUCUGUUUUUCUGUCAACGUGCAUCCGCAUCAGGGGUCAUCAGGACAGAUCACGUGUGACUUAAAUGAUUCAAGCAAAACUGCUGAUCCGAAGGACUUAGUACCGAAUGAUGGAUAUCAAUACCGUCAAAUGGCGGUAAGUUGUAUGAAAAUAAAUAACAAUCCUAUUUUUAAAUAACUAUCCUAUCGAUUUAAAAGAAAUAAUUCCAAUAGCCACUCUAACCUGAUGUCUUGAGUUUUGAUGUAUAACAAGCGCACUAAAUCUUAAGCUAAGAGAAAAAUAGAACGCUUCUUUGUUUUGUUUGUGAUUCGAUGUCAAUGGACACCCAAUCGAGUCUUAAAAUAAGUUUUAUGGAUAACCGAAAGUGUGCUUUGAAAAGGUGCUAAAAAGCCUGGUUUUGUUUGUUUGUUUGUGUUUUCGCUCCAUAAUGUUUGCCUGAACAUAUUUUUUCUCCGGCAGGAAGUGUUACAUUGCACUAUGGAUCAAUGUAUCUACAAAGACGGUAAGAUGCCAUAUACAUUGACUUGAAAGAAACCAGCUUUAAACUCUGUGAAAAUGCUAACUUAAAUAAAUCAAUUAAUUACGUGACCUAUUAUGAUUAUUUUCUAUAGUUCUUCCCGGUGACUGGUUCAUAUACGGUUCCAAAAAGCUUAAGAUUUUUGCCGAAAAACGGAACUGGACUAGCGCAAUGGCCUACUGCCAGUCGAUUGGAGGAGCCUUAGUGUCAAUUAACAGUGAGGUCAAGAAUGAGUUCAUCACUCAUUUGCUUGGUAAAUUUACUUAAAAUCUUACAACAGGCUGGUUAGAAGCGAAACAGUUCUCAUCUCCUGAUCACGUUCCGUUGAGAUCAACAAGGAGAAAUUAAUGGACUGGAAACUAUAAAAUAUUUUCUACGAGAUAUUUCAGCUACAUCGCUUAACUUUCAUUAAUCGCAAGUUACAUAGCAAUCACAUGACCUGAGAAAAGUCACGUGACAGGGGAAUUGCGUCUUAGAUAUGCGGCAAAUAAGCCUCAGAGCUCCAGUCAAGUUUUAUAUGUACAAGUUUUGUGACCAUACAACUCACUUGACAAAAUUCUGGUCAAAUUUAACCUUAAAAUGCUAGGCUAACACUUUUGUGAAAGUUGACGCACAUAUAGGGGAAGAGUGCCGACGUACUAUAUUCUAUCUGCAAGGGUAUUCUGACCCAUCGCAAGAAACUGAGUAGUCAGAAAACUACGGCGAAUACAGUUCGCUCUACAAGAAGAACAACUUUAUGCUGAAUGUGGGGUGAGAUCAAAGAAAUUCCAUCCACUAAACUUACUUUGUAUUUCUCCCUCUCUUUUCGAGACAAAUAUUAACAAAGCAAAGAAAAUUAAUUUAGCAUCUACGAAAAACUCUCAACAGUAUUUAGCGUCGCAAGUUUCUGUUUUAAGGAGAAAUAAAGCCACUAACUCCAGUAGUUCCAGCCAUUCGUUUUUCAGCUGCAAUGAAAACUCUUGUCCUUGCUAACUAAUUCAAGGCUUUUGGACUUGCCAUCACAUUGGCACGGGAAGGUUGCCACUUGGGAAUAAAGAUAAAGAAAAAUAUGACAAUCUUCUUAUUUUUCUCAUUAUCCCCGAUGGCAAAUUGCCCGUGCUAAUGUGAUGGCAAAUCUAACAAGCUUGAAUAAAUUAACAAAUACAAGGGUUUUUGUUGCAGCUGAAAAAUGGAUUGUUGAAGUACUGGAGUUAGUGGCUCUAUUUCUCCUCAAAGACGUGAACCUUCGGUCCAAUGAACUGGUAGGAGAUUUCCGUAGAUGCUAUAUUUUGCUUUGUUGAGGUUUGUUUCGAAAAGAAAAGGGCACACAGAAACUUUGAUAAAUAGAAGUUCUUUAAUCGCACCCCGCACUGAGCAUGAAGUCGUUCUUCUUGUAGCCUUUAGUGCGAACUGUAUUCACCGUAGGUUUCUGAUUACUCAGUCUCUUGCGAUAAAGCUUUGGGUAAGGAUAUCCUUGCAUAUUGCAGAUAGUCCGUCGGCACUCUUCCUCUAUUUGUGCAUUUUAAGAUUAAAUUUGAUCAGCAUUUUGUACAGCAAGUUGUAUGGUCACGGUUGACUUUUAACUUUCCCAUAAUAAAACUAGAAAGCUCUGAGGCUUUUUUGCUGAAGUUAGAGAAAAAUCUGGCGUAGAGUUUAAAGUUUUUUUUUUUACAUUUUUUUGUACUCGUAAAAAUGCGGUUUUAAAUACGAUAAAUGCCGAUAUCUAGAACGUUAAAUCUAUCCUGCAGAAAGACACGAUUUAAAAACACAACCAACACGCAUAUAGGUGGUUUUCACGUUACGUCAUUGCCGCCAUGCUGGUGGACGGUAAACAAAGAUCGCUUAUUAGCUCGCUUUGUUUGUCCACCAGCAUUUGUUCAUUUCACCAUUGUUAUUUGUGUCUCCCGAGAUUGCAUGAAAACCAUCUAUAAAUAGGUUCGGGCUACCAAACAUCUACAAUUCCUCUGUCAUGUGACCGCCAUCCUGAGGUCACGUGACUGCUCAAUUUCGACUGAUAAAAGCUCAGUGAUUUAGCUGAGAUAUCUCGUAGUAAACAUUUAAUGCUUUCAUAAUUAAGGUUUCAUCCACCAUUCAGGACCAUCUUCGCGCGAAGAUCGCGCUAGCCCUUGUAGCCUUAGGACCCGUCCACAUAUCCGGAUAUUUUUGAAUCCUCAACUCUUUCUUUCUGGAGUCAAAAAUUUCCAUGUCCAAAGGUAUCCAUAUUCAAAUCGAAUUGGCCUGUCCUCACGUUUCUGACACGUAUCUGGAUUCCCUCUAGUACCCGGGACUCCUGUGGGAAUAUUGCCAACUGAGCAUGCAUCAUCAGAAAUGAUGCCUUUUUUGCAAAAGUAAAUGGGCCAAAUAUUUAAACGAAGUCUAACUUUAGGCGCGGUUUAACGAAUCUUUGAUCCUCCAGAUCUCCAUAUGCUUUCAUAAAACUGUUCACAAUAAAUGUUUAGAUAAAAUCGUUGGGCAAAUUGAAAAUGACUUUGAACUCGGUUUUGUUAAACACUGGCUAUACUACGUUUAAAUAUUUGGCCCAAUGUCCUUGAUCGCGUUCGUCAGAACGCAUCCUAAUUUGGCGUUCCUGUGGCACUAAGGCAGAAAUUUUCGAGCCAUCACGGGCGACUGCAAAUUAGUCGCCCCUAUUAAUUUUACCAGGGGCACCUCGGCGGGGAAACUGGACUCCUUUUGACUCGAUUUCGUUUCCGUAAUUUUUCCUCAAGUGACGAACGCGGAUCCGUAAUAAACGAUUACCUCUAGUCUAUAAAUGUAAGUCCGGGUUAGACCAACUUUUUGUUUGCGUGUUAUUUACCAUAUUUUGCCUGAAUUUAAAGUUAAUACCAAUUUUUUUUUUUCAUUUAUGUUAAGCAAAAUUAGGUAAUCAACCAAAAACACUUCUAGCGCACUGGUCUUUGGACGGAACUGACUCAGAGGUGAAGUAAGUAAAUGUACAGUGAAUAAUUCAUAAUUAAUUACCUAUAAUGUAUUUCUGUUGUGUUGUACUGAAUAGGACAAAAUUGCACGAUGACGAACUUUUACUACAACUACCAGAAUCCUUCAGGGGUUGUUGUCUUGUGCAAAUUAGGUCUACUGUUUUUUAAGCCCCAGCGGGAUUGAUAAAUUUGAAUAAGACAGCAAAAACGAAAAAAUGAAUUCUUAGUUGUAGUCAAAUGCCGUCAUCGUACGUGAAAAUGGCCUAUCAAAAACUUGACUAAGGGCCUCUUUACAUGGAGUGGGGGACCCCGGUCUAGUGGGGUAGGUUUCUUUUGUUUUCACGCUCUGGCGGACACAAAACAAAAGAAACCUACCCCACUAGACCGGGGCCCCCCACUCCAUGUAAACAGGGUCUAAAUGCUGAAACAAGUAUAAUGGCAGUCUGUCAUCAAAGGUGGCAUUAUUGGUUAGUUAACAAUAAUUUUUUUGGCUGUAAAGGUGAUGUUACACGGUACGAUUCGCAACGACGAUUUUUAGCGCAACACAGCGUUGCAAUGUUGGAACAAUGUUGUAACUAUUCCAGACAAUGUCGACGCUGUGUUGCGCUAAAAAUCAUUGUUGCAAAUCGGCUCGUGUAACAUCACCUUAACUCUUUCUUAACUAAACUUGGCCCGAAAACAUGAAACACCGGACCAAGCCAAUAAAAGUGGCAUAUAUCAUGACACCAAAUGUUAAGCUCAGGAUGACGCCACAUUUGACGACGUCAUCCAUGAGUAAAUUUUAAACUUGAAUCUCCUUAUUUUAGCUUAUUUUUAUACCGUUUUUGAAAGAACUUUUAUAUGAGCUAAAUCCAACAUUCUGAAUUUAGAUAAAUUAGUUUCACAAAAACGGGGUACCUAAAAUAAGUGGGUAAAAUAAGUCUAAAAUUAGGUGUUUUAUAGAGUGUUUUCACAUGACUUCACGGCGGCCAUAUUGGUGCCCCAAAACAAUGAAACGGCGGCCAUGUUGGUGUCCCAAACGGGUCCUGUGGGAGUUGAACUCUUUUCUUAUGCAAACGCUUUCUUUUGUUCCAAUAAAUUUGCAUAUAUGCUAGCCACGUGAGUGAAAACACUCUAUUGUGAUGGUGCAAUUGCGAUAAGUAAGUUACAAAUAACGAAUCUCUACUGCCGGAAGCUAUAGCAAAAAAGGAAACUCCUCACUGGAAAGCAAAAAAAGCAAAAGUUGUGCACUUUUUGUUUUGCUGAAAUCAACGUGUUCAAUUAGCGUACAAUUUUUAGUGAUCUGAUGCUGUUCCGAGAGAUGACGUCAUUGGAAAGAGUUCUACUUUUUGUAUAAAGUUUGAUAACAAAAUUGAACAUUCAAAAUUAUUGAUAAUAUGGUAUGGGGCAAGUUAGACUGAUAAGAAUCAUUUUUGGCUUUCAAGGUUACAGUUUCUCAAGCCAUUUUGCAGCUACUCCGUAAAAACUGAAAUCGUUUAUACUUUAUUUGACAUUUCAAACCUUGCCCCCCUCCCUCCACUAAAAGCCACUUUUAGUAGGAAUGUCUGGAUGGGGUUAACUGACAACUGAUAAAUCGCCUAAUUUUUUACUGACAACUGACAUUUGCCUUGGGUCUUACUGAUAACUAAGAACAGGACCUGAUUGUCCUUUAUUUUGCCAGAAAACCCGUUUUGAAGGCCUUUCAAUAGCAGUGUUCCACUCUUUUCGUCAGACAAUGUCAUAAAAUGUGCGUUUAUAUAUCUGAUCUUAGCAGCAGGACGCUCAGCUGUCAUAUUCUGUUUAUGAUCUCCUGUAAGACCUAUGAGUUUCGCGUACCACCCGUUGUACUGACGGAUCUCAAAUUUACGCUCCUGUCAGAACGCGCCAGCUUACACGGUGGCGCCUAAUCAACGCCUUAUAAAAGCGAUUGUAGUUUUUUUACUAAGAUGAUUCAGAUACGGUCUUGGUCUUUCUUGCGAUCAACAUCCCCAUAUUUUGAAGGUAUAAAUAUUGAUUGGCUUAAUGGUUGGAAAUGUCGGACUCUUUCCAGCAAAGACAUCCGGGUGGAGAAAUUGAAAUUGUUACAAUUGGAAAACUGAUGAAAAUUAUGGUACUAUUGCAUCAGAGCAAAUCUGCAAAUCAUCAAAGCAAAUCUGUGAUGUUAAUCCUCAUGUGUCAGUCUAGAAAAUGGAGCAACUUACAGAGAAGAAGAUGGUUUUCAAUCUCUGUACCUCAAUUGUUCAGGUGCAUAUGCCACGGUGCCUGCCGUGGACUUUGGACGUUCAAGUUUUACUAUCGCCUGCUGGGUCAAACUGCAGAGCCCUGCCAGUGAUCCGUCACCAGUUUUCUCAGACUGGUCAACUCCGCUGAAAUUUUUAAUCCAAGCGUACAGUGGGGGAAAGAUGCUAUUUGGAUGUAUAAACAACUUUGGUAAUUACCUUCCAUGGAUAUCAUCAGGAUGGUAAGAAACUGGAAAAUAUGUAUUUUAAAUUGCCAUGAAUUCACUUCUACGCAAUUAGCGUGCUUAUUAGGAUUUGGACAAAACGCGCGUGAAAUUAUUCCUUAAUUUCACCAGUCAUCAUUUGAGUACACAUGCUAAUUUAGUGAAACCUAGUGAUGGUUGACUUACACGCAUUUCUAUCCGCGGUUGAGUGUGAGCAUAACUUUCUGAUUUGUGGUCUUUCAGGGGCCCUACAGUUGACAAUUGGUUUCAUAUGGCAGCUUAUUGGGACAAAAAUGCAAACGAGGCUGGAAUAUUCCUUGACGGCUUCUUAGUUUCACAUCAAGAUCUGGUAAAUGGCUCGUACAUCAGGGCUAACGAUCAUACGGUGUACGAUAUCGGACUGAAAAGGGACACCUGGCAGACUUUUAAAGGGCAUUUAAGAGAUCUUGUGAUUAUCGGAGAGGCACUCACUGCUGAAGAGUUGAAAAAACUA